AAAAGGCUCGUUCCAGUUGCUGCUAGAAACCACCGCUUUCUUGCUGUAUCUAUUUUUAUGCUGUUUUAGUGACAGGUUGCCCCCAGGAUGGAGGCUCCAGCUUGAGGACGUGCCAUCAACAACUGGCGCUUAGUUAACGAGUACGGGAGGAGUCGCCUCCGCUGCCUAAAGAAGCUCUCUCGCCGGGCGGUCGUUCGCUUUCUGCAUUCCUCGGCCCUCCUGAGAAGAAGCGGACAGAGGCCCUUCCGCUUGCAGCUGCCGCAGCCGUAGAACCGGAGUCAUGGUACCUGAGUUGCAGAAAAUAACUGUCCGGAUGAAGAAUCCUGAACAUGUAAAAAAUAUAGUUUCAGCACUCAGGAAAGGCGGAGCAUCAAGACUCCAGGUCAUUUCUGAUUUUGACAUGACUCUUACUCGGUUUGGCUUCAAUGGGAAGCGCUGUCCUACUUCGCACAAUAUCAUAGAUAAUUGCCGGGUCAUCAGUGAAGAAGGCAGAAAAAAGCUGAAAGAUUUACUCCAUUAUUACUAUCCUAUUGAAAUUGACCCUUAUCGGACUAUGGAGGACAAACUCCCCCUCAUGAUAGAAUGGUGGACUAAAGCCCAUAACCUCCUGUCCCAGGAAAAGAUUCUGAAGAAUGAUAUUGCCCAAAUAGUGAAAGAAUCAGACGUUAAACUCAGGGAUGGCUUCAACAUUUUCUUUGACCAGCUGCAUGAGAACAAAGUUCCCCUGUUCAUCUUUUCAGCAGGUGUAGGUGAUGUGCUAGAGGAAAUAAUUCAUCAGGCCGGUGUAUUCCACCCUAACAUCAAUGUGGUCUCCAAUUAUAUGGACUUUGAUGAUAAUGGCAUUCUGCAAGGUUUCAAAGACCCUCUUAUCCACAUCUAUAACAAGAACAACACAGUCCUGAAGAACACAGACUAUUUCCAGCAACUGUGCACAAGAACAAAUAUCUUACUGCUUGGAGAUUCCAUGGGUGACCUCAGUAUGGCAGAUGGUGUUGCUGACAUGGAGAAUAUCCUCCGGAUUGGCUUUCUGAAUGACAGGGUGGAAGAACGGCGGGAAAAAUACAUUGAGGCUUAUGAUAUUGUAUUGGAGAAAGAUGAAACAUUGGAUGUGGUAAAUGGUAUUUUACACUUCAUCCUUGCCCAAACUCUAUAUACACUCCCGUAACUCUUGACAACUAGUUUCCUUUUGGACUAUUCCCAUCAGUGUUCUUUAACAUUUCCAUAAUCAUAGAAUAGGGCCCAGCUAGCAUUAAUCUUAUUUUUACAUCUAUUAUAUAGCUAAUUAAAAUGGCAUCACAAUUGUACCAAGAUAUCUACUAAUUUAGCAGACAACUUUUUCUUGGCCGAAUCAGACUCAUUUGACUAAUUAAAUAUUCUUAAAAGCACAGUUUGGGAGUGAUAUUGAUUAGACUUAUCUAUUGUCACUCCCUGUCUCUUCUAAAGUAGAAAUUAAUGGUAAUAAUAUGGUAUAGUCCACUUUAAGAUACAUUGCAGUUAUUGAAAUAAUCUUAAUGUGGGAAACAAUUUAAUAUUAUUGGUGAUGCUAUUUUAAUGCAAAUGACUUGUGGAAUGUGGAUUGAAGGGCUUUCUGGGUGAAUAGCUUUGUUGGAAUCCUAUGUAUUUGGGCAUGUUCUAAAUUGAACAUGUGAGUGAAUUUAGAUGCCGGAUGUAAUGUAAACUAUCUUUAAAAUAAGAUUAAUACAUAUUGGCCCUAGUAGUUAUUGAGCUUUUUCUAAUGAAAACUAACAUGUAUAACAAAUAAGUUUAACCCUGAUAAUUAAAAUGUGUGCAUAACUUAAGGAUUUUUGUUUGAUUUGUAUGCAAACUUUUGGAUUUCAGAUGUUCUGUAUUUUGGUUUCAUGAAACAUUUAUUUUCCAAAACGUUUUUGAACUAUAUAUGAUCCAAAUACAGCUUUUCCACAAAAUUUUCAACAUUUUUUUAUUUAAAAGACAUGUAAAUAUAAUAAAAAAAUGUCUUAUUAUGAA